CUUUAUCUCCAAUCUUGAACAUGAUCUUUUACAAUAUAAAUUGCGAUCUAACGGAAGGAUAAAAGUCAGUAUCAAUUUGGAAGACAUCAUAGCAUACAAGAUGAAAAUAGCUGUUGUUUUGAUGGCGUGUGUCUUUGUGUACGUGGCAAGCGAGAGCUGCACGUCAUCUUCCGGCGCAUGUAAGGCAACAAUGUGUGUCAACUCUACCGUGCAUUGCGUCGACAAUCUGUGUACAUGCUUAACAGUACAUUCACAUCAAGCAUGUAGUCUAAAAACAGAUUGUACCGGAAUUGGAGAACGUCAUUGCCGCAUGGACGCCUCUGGACAGCCUAUUCUUCAUUGCAUCGAUGGACAGUGCCAUUGUGAACACAGACAUGGUCCUUAAACUAUAUAAGACUAGACUAAUUUUUUCGUAUAGGAAAAAAUGUAUUUAAGUUUUUCAAAAUGUAAUUAACAAAAUGAAUAAUAAAAAAAUACAUAA